AUUCUGAAUAAACAAUCUAGCUGUAAGAGGAAAACCACUCUUUGUGGCUAUCCAUGGUUGGGCUUUGAAAGACAAGAACAUGGCUCUAUCUUUAAACCCCAUCAUGAGCUUCAGCUCAACGAAGUUGCAAGCAAAGUAUCAGGAUGCAUCAAGAUAUUCUAUUGGAGCUUCUUUACCAAAGGCCACUCAGUUUACAACACCCUUCUUGGUAAUGUAUGGAUCAAGAAUGCUUGCCAAGGAAAAAAGAUUUGGCCAUUGUUUUUCAGUUGCAGAUAGUGAUCAGCUCGCAGCAGACGCCAGUAGUGAGGAUUUUGGCAGUGCUGAAAAUUCACCUGCCAACAAUGAUCAAUUAGCAUCCAUGAAUCCUCAAGAUGAAAAUUUCCAAUUGCAAGAUAAAGUUGCUGCUGAUUCAGGAUCCCAAACAUCAAAGGGUUCCAAUGGUUCAGUUAUCCAAAAGCAAGGGUCAGCAGCAUCUCCUAAAUCACAAUCUACAACUAAAAGAUCUUCCCUGACAGCAAGAGAGAGGUUAAGGGCAGCUCGAGUCCUCAACCGGUACACGGAAUCAAAAACAUCAUCAAAAUCAGACAUGGGCAGGAGGAGAGUGUUGGAUGCUUCAAAAGAAAGUGAUAGAGGGAAGAAAAGAUCUAGACUUCCAGAAGCACCUACUAAUUUGUUUGAUGACAGCAAAAGAGGGAUGCCAAAGCAAGGCUUGACUUUCGAUUUUCCUGGGGGAUUAGAUCUGCUUGUCAUUGCCUUUUCAUUUGUUUUCAUCAGUACAGUGAUGUUUGCAACAACUUACAUUGUGUGGAAAGUUGGUGCAAUCCAUUUUAAUGAGUACUGAGAUGAGGGGUUAAGUUACAAAUUCACCAUAAAUAUAGUAGCUGAUUUACAUCUUUGGACAAGCUACAGCUUCAUCAAACUUCAUGGACUGAUGUUACUGAUCAGUUUUUCACAUUUUAGGUUCUCAGAUUCUGUUUCUUAUUGUUAUUAUUAUUUCAUAAGCUAGGAGAGAGAUUUACUUCAGAGGGGAUGUACAGGUGAAUAUAACAUAUAAUGCUCAACAUUUACACCUAUAGUUCCUCUUGAGGCUCUUGUCCUUCUUUUACUUUUUUAUAUUGUUUUUAAUUGAUUCUGUUUUUCUUCUCAUAGUUGUUAUUACAUAAAAAGAAAAGAGAAUUAUUG